UGGCCGUCUUUCGGCGAUAUCAUUGUCUGAAUCCCGCUUGUUUAUUCAACAACCAUAGAUAGGGCUGGUAACAGCCGCUAUCUGUGCUACAUACAGCACAUUCCCUAUUGCCACUAUUGAUCAUGCUUUAAAAACUUUCUUCUUUGUUUCCUGGAACAGCGUCUGCUGGCUGAAAACGCCGCUAGAAUCCUCAAGCAGGGCGCAUUCACCUAGGAUUGCCAGGGCGCAGAUUACUUACCUGAGCCAUGGUCGGGAUGCGGAACACGGUCCACGCAGAAGAGAGUGCGGAGGUGGAGGUGCUUUACGCAAAUCUUGAAAAGCUGAACAUCCUAACCAAAAAGAUCCAAGGUUCCAUGUCUCGCCUUGAAACAAGUGGAAAGGUGGUGAGAGAUGCCAUUGGGCCAAUCUACAGCAACACACAAUCGUUGCAGGUCACAAAUGCAAACAUAGAUAAAGUCAACGAAGCUAUUGAUCGACUUCGGCAGCCUUUAGAUGUCAAGGGGAAGGAGGAGGCUAUUAUUCGGGCUGGGCCCCGGAGUGCUGGUUUGGCCCAAUAUCUGGGGGCUCUGAAAAGACUGGAUCGUGCACUCUCAGAUCUAAACUCUACAAACCUUCGUUCGAAUCAGAAAGCCGUGUCGGAAUUUAGCACCUUGCUUAGCACCGGAAGCAGUAAACUUCAGGAGAUGUUCAAAGGAACUCUACGAGAGAAUGUCGCCACUGUAGAACCAUUGCAUUAUAUCACAAAACAACUGCCGUUCCCCACUAUUCCGAGUGAGACGGUUUUGGAGCUCUCGCCUGUCUGCGCCGCGAUCAGCUCGGCCGCAAGCCAUGGUCCACAAGUUGGACAAACAGAAAAUCCCGCUAUCAGGAUAUACGCCGAUAUUCGCGCUCCUUAUAUCACAAGUAGCUUGCAAAACCUCGCCACUGCAUCUAUCAACACAGCCAAGCGGAAACCAAGCGAUGGCCCAUAUCGGCAAGGGACCAACGGUAUAGGGAUGUACGCUAGCGGUCUCGAGGGUAUGCUCCUGGCAGAGCAUGAGAAUAUUUCCCAAAUAUUCCCUGCAGAAGAGCAAGGAAAGGCGCUCCAAGCAACCAGUAGACCAGCGAUAGCGGAGUUCUCAAAAACCCAACGAGAACUAAACAUGUAUAUCAAAGCCAACUUGAUGACAGACUGUUUCCUUGCGUUUGAAAUAAUCGAGAUAGUCACUGGGCUCUCAUAUCGACUCGAUUCAGCCACUAAACAAUUAAAAACCCGCUUUUUCGAAGCCCUACGGCCGAUCCGCGAGACUGCCAAGUUAGCGUUGUCUGAAUUGCUGGAAGAAACACGCCGCAAAGCCGCAGCUGUGACUGUUUUACCCCCCGAUGGUGCUGCCGUCCCCCUUGUAGCAGAAGUCAUGAAUUCACUAUCCGCCCUAACGGCGUAUUCCAAACCACUAGCCUCCAUCCUCACAUCCCUCGGAGACGGAAAUUGGAAACCAUCAAGCAAACCCAACACCACCCCACUAGAUGUUAGUCCCGAUAGCUCUGCCAUCCUCUCCCACUAUAUCCUCGACGUGGUCGAAGCAUUGCUCUCCGCUCUGGAAGCCCGCGCAAGAUCCGUGCAUCGCGCCAAACCCAUCCUCGGCACCUUUCUGGCAAAUGUCAUGUGCAUUGUCGACCGCUCAAUCCGCAACAGCAGUGAACUCUCCCGCUACCUCUCCACCCCGGAAAACAGCAGUCGACUAGAAUUAUGGCGCAAAAAGGGAGUCUCCACCUAUCUUGAUGCCUGGCGAGACCCAUCCUCUCACCUCCUCGACGUCCAGUAUACCAGCAGAGCUGGUGCACGUCCCACCUCUGGGGGCCAAGUAGACUCCGGUGCCAUUGUCAAAACACUCUCAUCCAAGGAUAAAGAUAACAUCAAGGAUAAGUUUAAGGCUUUCAAUUCUUCUUUCGACGAGUUGAUUAUUCGCCAUAGAUCAUUGACUAUGGAGAAGGAGGUGCGUAGUAUGUUGGCCAGGGAGGUGCAAGCGGUUAUUGAGCCCUUGUACGCGCGCUUCUGGGAUCGAUAUCAUGAGAUCGAUAAAGGCAAGGGCAAAUAUGUCAAGUACGACAAGGCAACAUUGUCCGCACAGUUGGCGGCGUUGGCGUAAAUUAUCCUUAUCUUCGUGAAGGGGUUUUUUACGCGCGGUUCUCCUCCCAAAAUCACAGCGGCAUUCCCCUCCUUGUCUCCUAGCCGUCCAAGCCUCUUGUUCUAUUUCUUUCCCGGCUAUUCCAUCUUCGAAUAACCAUCUGACUUACUAAUUCUGACAUUCCUGAUGCUCCUUCGCUGGAGUUAUGGUGUCAGUGAAAAACCCUUCGAUCCUUCUCUCACCUGCAAUCCCCUCAAGCUUUAGCCUUUCAUACUCCCCAAUUCCCACUUUCCAGUUGCCUCAACCAGCUUCCUUACAGCACUUGAUAUCCCUCUCUAUGUAGUUUUGCUUUGCCUUUUUUUUUUUUUUUUUUUUUUUUUUUUUUUUUUUGCGUGGAAUCUUUUGUUAAUCUUCCCCUAUCCUCCAAUUCUCAAUUUUGAUUAUUCAAUAUCCUUUAUUUUUAACAAAUUUCAUCUUCGUUGCUCUAAACAAUAUUUAAAGUUAUAGAACAAGCACAGGUAACAGAGUUAAAAGGGGUCUAGCACGUACGUAUCUGCUCGCCGCAUGCUCAUUUCAUCCCAGUGGGCUGGUUCUAAAUUAAGAGUGGUUCAUCAGUCUGUCAAUCAGAAGGAAUAAACGGGUGCCAUUCUAUUAUCACUCGCGUGUGAAAUCGGUAUGAUCAAAGAAAUCCAGGGCUACGGAACUGAGAACUGGGAACGAUUUCGGGGGGUUGCAAUACAUAUAUACAUGUAAAUACUACAUAAAGGGUUGAGUGUGACGGAAAAUGUGUCAACCAAGGCUAGCUCUCCUCGAAAAAGGAGAGAAGUAGACGAGCGAGUGAUCAGGCGAGUGCUUGUAUCGAAACAUACCAACUCAGAAGCGGGAGCGCGAGGUGGUUCGACGGGAAAGAUCUGUUCUCGGAAAUUUGUCAUGGUGGUAUGUAGAUAUAUAUUUGCUAAUCGUUUAUGCUUUCGAAUUACCUCGAGUGCCUCCCUUGAUGCGAUCAUGGCACAAGGGGGUUGAAUCCGCAUUCUGGGAAUUCAGAGCCGUUGACUUUCAGCGAGUUUCCUAUAUAUAUUAUAUACAUCGCCAUGGAUUCGAACAAGCCCCAUUCCGCUUGUCAUCAUGCUUCAUCGAGAACAGUAUAUUCGCCCAAAUGGUUGGGCCUGCAAUAUAGUAUAUAUAUAUUCUGUAGUUGAAAACAAGAAAGGAAAAGGGAACAGGAGAAGAUGUAUGAGUUCCUUGCGGAAAUCAUCCAAGGGGGGGUAAUAAUGAUAACUAGUAAGGGAAAGACAUACGAUAAAUGGGGUAUGACAAAAAAGAGAAAAGUUUAAAGAGGUAAGGGUAAGGUAUUCAUCACAAG